GGUUUUAUUUGUUUUUCGCUUCGAAAGUUUUGAGAACAAAUCGAUCAAAAAUUCCAAAGAAACAAAGCGGAAACAAGAUGAGGGGAGUUCGAAGAUUUCUCUCGUCAAGGAAAAUUUCAGCGAGUUCGAUUGGAGAAAAUACGUGCAAAUCUCUACUCCGUUCUCCUCGUUUCCUUUCGUCCUCAGCGAUCUUCUCCUCUCUUCGAAACUCGACGCCUUUUGCUUCUCGAAAUCCACUCAAAACCCCAACAUCGAUCUCGAGUCCAUGGAUCGCUUUUGGAGUACAGAGGAGGAGCAUGUUCAUUCAGACCCAAUCAACUCCCAAUCCAUUGUCUCUAAUGUUUUAUCCCGGGAAGCCUGUUAUGGAGGUUGGUAGUGCGGAUUUUCCAAAUGCCCGAGCGGCCAUGAAUUCACCACUAGCCAAGGCAUUAUUUGGAAUUGAUGGAAUUACAAGAGUGUUCUUUGGGUCUGAUUUUGUAACGGUUUCAAAGUCUGAGGAGGCUUCAUGGGAUUACCUGAAACCUGAAAUUUUUGCGGCAAUUAUGGACUUUUACACAUCUGGAAAACCACUUUUUUUGGAUUCCAAUACUGCAGCUUCUUCAGAUACAGCAAUUCAAGAGGAUGAUUCAGAAAUUGUUGCUAUGAUCAAAGAACUUUUGGAGACUAGGAUUCGACCUGCAGUCCAAGAUGAUGGUGGUGACAUUGUAUACCGCGGAUUUGACGAAGACACUGGUAUAGUGAAGUUAAAGAUGCAAGGAGCCUGUAGCGGUUGCCCUAGCUCAUCAGUUACACUGAAAUCUGGCAUCGAAAAUAUGCUUAUGCAUUAUGUUCCUGAGGUUAAAGGAGUCGAACAAGAGUCAGACCCAGACGAAGAGGCAUCAUUAGUGGGCUAGUUAGAGUGACCGAGGAUGGUGAAUGCAUAUCUGUAGGAUUUCAGUUUUUACUGGUUUUGCUGAGUAUUUAUUUUGAAUUUUUUUCGGUUAAGUUAAAUCUGAUGUAAUGUACGGGUUUAUUACCUAUUUGUGUAUGUAUUCUCUAUUGAUGGUGAAUAAUAAAGUGAUACUUUGUGUAUUCUUUAUGCUAAUGAACUGUGAGAGACUAAAUUGUCACUACCAUUUAAGGAUUUGCCUUGGAA